CCCCUUCUCCCCUGGCAGCUGCCACUGAACAAACCGCAUCAGAAAGCUUCCUUUCAAUAUUCCACUUUCUUGUUUGGUUUCUUCCCUUCUUUCCUCUUCCAUGGUGUGAUCAGCCGUGAAAAAGGCGCGACCCAACCAGCCAUGCUCCCGCCGCGCGCCACCGUGCUGGCGCUGCUCCUGGCCCUGGCCGCCGGUGUGGCCCGUAGCGCCGAUGACCUGGCCUCGGACGCAGUGGCGCUGCAGGCCUUCCUCGCGCCGUUCGGGUCGGCGACCGUGUCCUGGAACUCGUCCCAGCCGGCGUGCUCCUGGACGGGCAUCGUCUGCACCGGCGGCCGCGUCACGGGGAUCCACCUCCCGGGGGACGGCCUCCGGGGCACGUUCCCCGUUGGCGCGCUUGGCGGCCUCACCAAGCUCGCCGUGCUGUCGCUGCGGUUCAACGCGCUCUCCGGCCCGCUGCCUUCCGACCUGGCCUCCUGCGUCGAGCUCCGGAUCAUCAACCUGCAGUCGAACCUCCUCUCUGGCGAGCUCCCGGCGGAGGUUCUGGCGCUCCCGGCGUUGACGCAGCUCAACCUCGCGGAGAACCGCUUAACGGGGAGGAUACCGCCGGCCAUUGGCAAGAACGGGAAGCUGCAGCUGCUGUACUUGAACGGCAACCUCCUCACUGGAGAGCUGCCGAACGUCAACAUGCCAUCGCUUACCUCUUUGAACGUCUCGUUCAACAACCUCUCCGGCGAGAUACCCAAGAGCUUCGGCGGCAUGCCAGCGACGUCUUUCCUUGGCAUGCCGUUGUGCGGCGAGCCCCUCCCUCCGUGCCAAGCACCAAAUUCCCAACCACCGUCGCAGUCUCCCGCGCUCUCGCCUGAAGCAGCGGCCUCUGAGGAAACCCGAGGACGAGAUCGGCGCCACCUUGCCGGCGGUGCCAUAGCUGGCAUUGUGAUCGGCUGCGCCUUUGGCUUUUUACUCAUCGCAGCCGUUGUCGUCGUCGCGUGUGGUGCCCUGCGGCACGAGCGAGGAACAACCUACCGCAGCCAGGACGCCGUCACGGCGGAGCUGGCUCUGCACAGCAAAGAGGCAAUGGGCCCGAACUACACUCCACGGAUCUCCGACAUACGGCCGCCGCCGCCCCGUUCAGUGCCACCUGCCGUCGUCCCGGCCGCCAUGGGGCGGAAGAAGCUCUUCUUCUUCGGGAGGGUGCCGCGGCCGUACGACCUCGAGGACCUGCUGCGCGCGUCCGCCGAGGUUCUUGGCAAGGGCACGUACGGAACCACAUAUAAGGCGGCGAUCGAGUCCGGGCCAGUCAUGGCGGUGAAGCGCCUCAAGGAGACCUCGUUGCCGGAGCGCGAGUUCCGGGACAAGGUCGCGGCGAUUGGCGGAAUUGACCACCCCAACGUCGUGCCCCUGCAGGCCUACUACUUCAGCAAGGACGAGAAGCUCACGGUGUACGAGUUCGUGACCAUGGGCAGCCUCUCCUCGAUGCUUCACGGCAACCGUGGGACCGGCCGGUCGGCGAUGAGCUGGGAAUCGAGGAGGCGCGUCGCGCUAGCCUCGGCGCGCGGCCUCGAGUACAUCCACGCCACGGGCUCCAUGGUCACCCACGGCAACAUCAAGUCCUCGAACAUCCUCCUCAGCCGGUCGGUGGACGCGCGCGUGGCCGACCACGGCCUCGCGCACCUCGUCGGCCCCGCGGGAGCGCCGUCGACACGCGUCGCGGGAUACCGCGCGCCCGAGGUCGUGGCGGACCCGCGCAGAGUCUCGCAGAAGGCCGACGUGUACAGCUUCGGCGUGCUGCUCCUGGAGCUGCUCACUGGGAAGGCGCCCACGAACGCCAUGCUGCACGACGAGGGCGUGGACCUCCCGCGGUGGGCGCGCUCCGUGGUGAAGGAGGAGUGGACGUCCGAGGUAUUCGACACGGAGCUGCUGAGGCACCCGGGCGCCGAGGAGGAGAUGGUGGAGAUGCUGCGGCUGGCGAUGGACUGCACCGUGACGGACCCGGACCAGCGGCCGGCGAUGCCGGAGAUUGUGGCGCGCAUCGAGGAGCUCGGCGGCACGGGGUCGGCGUCGACAGCGCGGUCGAGCCGGAACGCGUCCAUGGACGAGGCCGACGACCGGCCGCUGAGGCCCACCGGGUCGAUCCGUCAGAGUUGAGGUCCGGCCAGUCCACGUUCACGUCAGGCAGUGUAGUGAUCAUUCAGUAACUUAUGGAAGGUUCUAAAAAAAGUGAGAUCUUUUCCUUCUGUCUUCUUGCGUUACUACCGUGUGCUGUUAUUCUUUGAAGUUUCAUGAAUCUCUUGAUUCUUCUUGGCUCUGAAUUCUUUCGAUUAGCAGUGUGUGUGCUGAUGUUGGUGAAUUGGUGAUAGGAGAAGCCUUGAUGCAAUGUGUAAUUACUACUAGUACACGAUUGAUGUACAAUGGAAAAGUAGGUUUGAAGUCC